GACACGGCCAGAGCACUGAGAGAUAUCAGGUAUUGAUGUAACUGGAGUGAAUAAGGGAACCUUCUUCCUGAGCACAGACAUUGGAGCCUGUUAUCAGCAUGAACUCAGAUGUGCUAGACAAACACGUGAAUAGUUCAUAUCCAUCCUUCACUACAGGAAGCAUCAGAAUGAUACUGCAAACUCCAAAAAUCUUAGACACUAAUGUUUAUUCACAAACAUUGGGGAUAUCACAGCAGAUAUUUAAAGAUGAUGAUGAAUUGGCAGGAACAGGGAAGCAAUCAUUAUGUACAGAGAGUAAUUUAGUCAUCAAACAAGAGGACAAUAUUUAUGACUUAUCUAGUGAAAUGAUUAUCCCAGAAGAUAAACCACACACAUUUACUGAGUUUUCAAAAUAUAUUAAAGAAGGGAAAAGUCUUCAGUCUAACCAAAUGAUUCAUACAAAGGAGAAACUUUUCAAAUCUACAGAAUGUGAGAAAAGCUUUAGAUUGAAGUCUCAUCUACUAGAACACUGCAAAAUACACACUGGUAAGAAGCCAUACACAUGUACAGAGUGCGGCAAAUGUUUUACACGAAAGAGUGAGCUGAAAACUCAUGAAAGGAUUCACACAGGGGAAAAGCCUUUCACAUGUACAGAGUGUGGGAAAUGUUUUACACGAAUAAAUAGACUGAAAACUCAUGAAAGGAUUCACACAGGGGAAAAGCCUUUCACAUGUACAGAGUGUGGGAAAUGUUUUACACACAAAAGUUAUCUGAAAACUCAUGAAAGGAGUCACACAGGAGAAAAGCCUUUCACAUGUACAGAGUGUGGAAAAAGUUUUACAGAAAAAUGUAGUCUGAAAACUCAUGAAAGGAUUCACACAGGAGAAAAGCCUUUCACAUGUACAGAGUGUGGGAAAUGUUUUACACAAAUAAAUAGACUGAAAACUCAUGAAAUGAUUCACACAGGGGAAAAGCCUUUCACAUGUACAGAGUGUGGGAAAUGUUUUACACAAAAAAGUUAUCUGAAAACUCAUGAAAGGAGUCACACAGGAGAAAAGCCUUUCACAUGUACAGAGUGUGGAAAAAGUUUUACAAAUAAAAGUAAUCUGAAAACUCAUGAAAGGAGUCACACAGGAGAAAAGCCUUUCACAUGUACAGAGUGUGGGGAAUGUUUUACACAAAAAAGUAAUCUGAAAACUCAUGAAAGUAGUCACACAGGAGAAAAGCCUUUCACAUGUACAGAGUGUGGAAAAAGUUUUACAGAAAAAAGUAGUCUGAAAACUCAUGAAAGGAGUCACACAGGAGAAAAGCCUUUCACAUGUACAGAGUGUGGGAAAUGUUUUACACAAAUAAAUAAACUGAAAACUCAUGAAAGGAGUCACACAGGAGAAAAGCCUUUCAGAUGUACAGAGUGUGGAAAAAGUUUUACAGAUAAAAGUAAUCUGAAAAAUCAUGAAAGGAGUCACACAGGAGAAAAGCCUUUCACAUGUACAGAGUGUGGGAAAUGUUUUACACAAAUAAAUAGACUGAAAACUCAUGAAAGGAGUCACACAGGAGAAAAGCCUUUCACAUGUACAAAGUGUGGGAAAAGUUUUACAGAAAAGAGUAAUCUGAAAAAUCAUGAAAGGAUUCACACAGGAGAAAAGCCGUUCACAUGUACAGAGUGUGGAAAAGGUUUUACACUAAAGAGUGAUCUCAAAAAGCAUGAAAGGAUUCACACAGGAGAAAAGCCGUUCACAUGUACAGAGUGUGGAAAAAGUUUUACACGAAUAGAUAAUCUGAAAAAACACCACAAAAUACACACAGGUGAGAAACCACACACUUGUACUGAGUGCGGCAAAUGUUUUACACGAAAGAGUGAGCUGAAAAAUCAUGAAAGGAUUCACACAGGGGAAAAGCCUUUCACAUGUACAGAGUGUGGAAAAAGUUUUACACAAAAGAGUGAACUGAAAUAUCAUGAGAGGAUUCACACAGGAGAAAAGCCUUUCACAUGUACAGAGUGUGGGAAAUGUUUUACAGAGAAGAGUAAUCUGAAGAAGCAUGAAAGGAUUCACACAGGAGAAAAGCUGUUCACAUGUACAGAGUGUGGAAAAAGUUUUACACAAAAGAGUGAACUGAAAUAUCAUGAGAGGAUUCACACAGGAGAAAAGCCUUUCACAUGUACAGAGUGUGGGAAAUGUUUUACACAAAAGAGUGAACUGAAAUAUCAUGAAAGGAUUCACACAGGGGAAAGUCUUUUCACAUGUACAGAGUGUGGAAAAUGUGUUACACAAAAGAGUGAACUGAAAUAUCAUGAGAUGAUUCACACAGGAGAAAAGCCUUUCACAUGUACAGAGUGUGGAAAAAGUUAUAUACUAAAGAGUCAUCUGAAAAGUCAUAAAAGGAUUCACACAGGAGAAAAGCCUUUCACAUGUACAGAGUGUGGAAAAAGUUUUACACAAAUAACUAGUCUGAAAAGUCAUGAAAGGAUUCACACAGGAGAAAAGCCUUUCACAUGUACAGAGUGUGGAAAAAGUUUUACACAAAUAACUAGUCUGAAAAGUCAUGAAAGGAUUCACACAGGAGAAAAGCCGUUCACAUGUAUAGAGUGUGGAAAAAGUUUUACAGGAUUGAGUACUCUGAAAUCUCAUGAAAGGAUUCACACAGGGGAAAAGCCUUUCACAUGUACAGAGUGUGGAAAAAGUUUUACACAUAAGGGUAAUCUGAAAUCUCAUGAAAGGAUUCACACAGGAGAAAAGCCUUUCACAUGUACAGAGUGUGGAAAAAGUUUUAGACGAAUGAGUACUCUGAAAUUUCAUGAAAGGAUUCACACAGGAGAAAAACCUUUCACAUGUACAGAGUGUGGAAAAAGUUUUACACAAAUAAAUUGUCUGAAAACUCAUGAAAUGAAUCACACAGGAGAAAAGCCAUUCACAUGUACAGAAUGUGGAAAAAGUUUUACACGAAUAGAUAGUCUGAAAAGUCAUGAAAUGAGUCACACAGGAGAAAAGCCGUUUACAUGUACAGAGUGUGGAAAAAGUUUUACACUAAAGAGUGAUCUGAAAAAGCAUGAAAGGAUUCACACUGGAGAAAAGCCAUUCACAUGUACAGAGUGUGGAAAAAGUUUUACACUAAAGAGUGAUCUGAAAAAGCAUGAAAGGAUUCACAAGGGAAGAAACCUUUCACAUGUUAUCCUAAUUGCCUUGCGAGAAUUGUCUCGCACUAUGGACCUCCAUCAGAUGUCCCUCCUAUCCGAGCUGAAAGCAGUUAUGGCUCCGCUUCAGAUUGCACUACCUACGGAGGAAGCUUUCUGUGUGAUUGACAGGCCUAUUCCGGUCUCAUUACCUUGCCGUACAGACCCAGCCCUAGCUUCUGUGGAGCGACAUAUGCCUGCAGUUCAGAACAUGGAGCCGCAGAUACUAGAACGGAACACCACACGCCAGUUGAGUGCUAUACCUGACUUGCAGCGGACCAGUGCGGUGCUGGCUGCCCCAUUGGGAGAUCCCCCUUCAGAUGCCGAGUUCAUGCUAGGUGAGAAAGGCAUACUGGGACCGCAGCAGAGUCCCGGACCCUUGGGACCCACGGCUCCUCAGAUAAAUACCGAAGAUACGCCUAUCUAUAAGUGUGGAGAGGCUGGAAGCAUUGCUCCGUACACCGGAGUAACAGACACCACUAGCGCACAAGAGGACAAGCUGUAUCGGCGGAGCAUGGAAAUUAGUGGCUUGAGUCUGAUAGCGCUGUUGCUUUGCUACACAGGACCCUCUAGAGUGUCUCCUCAGAUCCCGGAAAGAAUUUCUUGUGAGCUCUUACUAAAGAUGGUGAAAAUAGGCGUGGGAAAAGGAGCCAAAGGAGACAAAAGCCUAAAAUCCUUAUCAGUAGAUACCUUCUUCAAAGCCUCUAAGAUCUCCAAAACUCAAGAAGCUGCCCAGGCGGAAAUUGAGGAAGACACGGAUUCAGAAAAUGAAGAGGAAAUUACAGAUCUAACCCCCGCAACUAAAGCAAACUUGCAGGGCCUGGUAUCCAAACAAGAUAUAGCUUCUAAUUUUGAGAAACUGUGGGAGAAGAUGGAUAGCUUUCAAACUACAGUCACUAAUAGUCUUACGGACAUUAAAACAGAGAUACUAGAGCUGGGCACCCGAGUAGACUCCUUAGAAACAGCCACAGAGGAAAUGGGGGAGGAAAUCACAACGGUCUCCCAAACUCUUGACUCACACGGCCAACACAUACAAGAUCUAGAAGAAAAAAUUGAAGAUUUGGAAAACCGGAGCAGACGCUCCAACAUCAGGCUCAAAGGUAUCCCUGAAUCAAUCGGAGCAGAAGAUCUACACAGUUAUCUCCAGCAAUUAUUUCAUGCUAUACUGGGAGGGCCGAUGGACUCUGAGUGCCCAAUAGAAAGAGCACACAGAGCCCUUAAAGCAAAACCCAAACCAGAGCAACCACCAAGAGACGUUAUUGUUAAGCUCUUACGGUUCCCUGAUAGAGAAAAGAUUCUACUGGCUGCCAGAAGCAACCCCACAUUCAAGUUCCAGGGCAAUAUUAUCCAGUUUUUCCAGGACCUUUGCAUUAAAACACUACAGAAAAGAUACGCACUGAAACCUCUCACUCUUCUCCUAAGGAAAAAUAAUAUCCCUUACAGAUGGGGCUUCCCCUUUGCGCUGCAAGUGAUGCGAAAUGGCAAAAUGCUUACUAUUAAAGCCACUGAGGAGAUCCCAGAAAUCUGCAAGUCCCUGGACUUGGAACCACCGGUCAUCUUGGGGGAGGAUUCGACAUCUACCUCUUCUGCUGUAUUGUCGCUAAAGGCGAAACCCCAAAGACCAAAAUGGAAAAAGUCUAAGAAAAAACAGAGACAGAGGAGUUUUGCUAAGAAUAUUCUAGACACCUUAGCUCAACACACACUACAGGACACAUGGCAAACACGACAUGGUGGGCUAGGAGACACUACAUUUUAUUCAGUACCACACGACAGCUAUUCAAAAAUAGACUACGUAUUUACUAGCCAGAUACUGCAACCAGCAAUACAUUCAUUAGAUAUUCACCCAUGUGUCUGGUCAGAUCACUCUCUGUCAGUGCUCACUCUAGGAGACUUAGCAGACCCUAAGAGAACUAGGACAUGGACAUACGAUGCGACUAGCACUAAACACCCGCCCGUUAAGAGCAGAAUUUUACAUAGCCUACAAGAAUAUUGGAAAAUUAAUGUUGGGACUACAGCAAACACUGCUAUACCCUGGGUGGCCCAUAAGGCGGUGAUAAGAGGGAUCCUAAUUAAAGAAAAGGCAUUACAUAACAAAAAGUACAACGACCUUAUUAAUCAACUAAACACAGAAAUUGCCACAUUAGAAAAGCUACACAAGUCAAACCACUCUGGAGCCACACUCACCAAGCUAGUUGAAAAAAAGCAAACUCUACAAUCUCUGCUGAAUGGGCACUCCAUAAAAGCUGCACAUAGACUAAAGACGAACUAUUUUAUCUUUGCCAACAAACCCGACAAAUAUCUAGCAAAAAAACUUAGAGACAACUACCAAUCUCUUUCUAUUCCAUGCAUUCAGACACCGACAGGCCAGACCACGACUCAUCCACAGGACAUUGUUGACACGUUUGCCAAAUUUUACCAGACAUUAUAUGAUGGCACGAAAGUGCAGCAUAACCCAGAGACGAAAGAGGCUUUUAACUCCUUUAUGGAUAGGGCAGGCUUGCCAGUGAUAACUGAAGGAGAUAGAAUUAAUCUUAAUGCUGAGAUCACAAGAGCUGAGGUGAUAGCGGCUAUAAAAGACCUUAGACCUGGCAAAGCCCCGGGACCUGAUGGAUUCCCGGGGGAGUACUAUAAGGCGUUUAGGGAAGUCCUGGUGCCACACUUGAUAACAUUUGCAAAUCAUAUUAUGGAAGGGAGACCGAUACCAGAAGAACUCCUUAGAGCCAAAAUUGUGGUAAUACCAAAACAGGGGAAAAACUCUAAAUUAUGUAGCAGCUACAGGCCUAUCUCCCUUAUCAAUCAAGAUGUUAAGAUCGUGACAAAAAUCCUGGCCAACCGACUCAAACAUAUCCUACCGGGUAUUAUCCACCCUGACCAAUAUGUAGACAAACACGUGAAUAGUUCAUAUCCAUCCUUCACUACAGGAAGCAUCAGAAUGAUACCGCAAACUCCAAAAAUCUUAGACACUAAUGACUAUUCACAAACAUUGGGGAUAUCACAGCAGAUAUUUAAAGAUGAUGAUGAAUUGGCAGGAACUGGGAAGCAAUCAUUAUGUACAGAGAGUAAUUUAGUCAUCAAACAAGAGGACAUUUAUGACUUAUCUAGUGAAAUGAUUAUCCCAGAAGAUAAACCACACAUAUGUACUGAGUUUUCAAAAUAUAUUAAAGAAGGGAAAAGUCUACAGUCUAACCAAAUGAUUCAUACAAAGGAGAAACCUUUCAAAUCUACAGAAUGUGAGAAAAGCUUUAGAUGGAAGUCUCAUCUACUAGAACACCACAAACCACACAGUUGUACUGAGUGCGGCAAAUUUUUUACACAAAAGAGUGAGCUGAAAAUUCAUGAAAGGAUUCACACAGGAGAAAAGCCUUUCACAUGUACAGAGUGUGGAAAAAGUUUUACAAAUAUGAGUAAUCUGAAAAAGCAUGAAAGGAUUCACACAGGAGAAAAGCCUUUCACAUGUACAGAGUGUGGAAAAUGUUUUACAGAAAAGAGUAAACUUAAAAAUCAUGAAAGGAUUCACACAGGGGAAAAGCCUUUCACAUGUACAGAGUGUGGAAAACAUUUUACAGAGAAGAGUGAUCUGAAAAAGCAUGAAAGGAUUCACACAGGAGAAAAGCCUUUCACAUGUACAGAGUGUGGAAAAAGUUUUACAAAUAUGAGUAAUCUGAAAAAGCAUGAAAGGAUUCACACAGGAGAAAAGCCUUUCACAUGUACAGAGUGUGGAAAAUGUUUUACAGAAAAGAGUAAACUUAAAAAUCAUGAAAGGAUUCACACAGGGGAAAAGCCUUUCACAUGUACAGAGUGUGGAAAAAGUUUUACAGAGAAGAGUGAUCUGAAAAAGCAUGAAAGGAUUCACACAGGGGAAAAGCCUUUCACAUGUACAGAGUGUGGAAAAAGUUUUACAAAGAAGAGUAGUCUGAAAACUCAUGAAAGGAUUCACACAGGGGAAAAACCUUUCACAUGUACAGAGUGUGGAAAAAGUUUUACACAAAUAAAUAUUCUGAAAACUCAUGAAAGGAUUCACACCGGGGAAAAACCUUUCACAUGUACAGAGUGUGGAAAAAGUUUUACACAAAUAAAUAGUCUGAAAACUCAUGAAAGGAUUCACACAGGAGAAAAGCCGUUCACAUGUACAAAGUGUGGAAUAAGUUUUACAGAAAAAAGUAAGCUGAAAACUCAUGAAAGGAGUCACACAGGAGAAAAGCCGUUCACAUGUACAGAGUGUGGAAAAAGUUUUAUACAAAAAAUUAAACUGAAAUAUCAUGAAAGGAUUCACACAGGGGAAAAGCCUUUCACAUGUACAGAGUGUGGAAAAAGUUUUAUACAAAAAAUUAAACUGAAAUAUCAUGAAAGGAUUCACACAGGGGAAAAGCCUUUCACAUGUACAGAGUGUGGAAAAAGUUUUAAUGAAAAAAGUAAUCUGAAAACUCAUGAAAGGAGUCACACAGGAGAAAAUCCUUUCACAUGUACAGAGUGUGGAAAAAGUUUUACACUAAAGAGUCAUCUGAAAACUCAUGAAAGGAGUCACACAGGGGAAAAGCCUUUCACAUGUACAGAGUGUGGAAAAUGUUUUACACGAAAGAGUGACCUGAAAUAUCAUGAGAGGAUUCACACAGGAGAAAAGCCUUUCACAUGUACAGAGUGUGGAAAAAGUUAUAUACUAAAGAGUCAUCUGAAAAGUCAUGAAAGGAUUCACACAGGAGAAAAGCCUUUCACAUGUACAGAGUGUGGAAAAAGUUUUCCACAUAAGAGUAAUCUGAAAACUCAUAAAAGGAUUCACACAGGAGAAAAGCCUUUCACAUGUACAGAGUGUGGAGGAAGUUUUACACAAAUAGUUGGUCUGAAAAUUCAUGAAAGGAUUCACACAGGAGAAAAGCCUUUCACAUGUACAGAGUGUGGAAAAUGUUUUACAGAAAAGUGUAAACUUAAAAAUCAUGAAAGGAUUCACACAGGAGAAAAGCCUUUCACGUGUACAGAGUGUGGAAAAAGUUUUACAGAAAAGAGUGAUCUGAAAAAGCAUGAAAGGAUUCACACAGGGGAAAAUCCUUUCACAUGUACAGAGUGUGGAAAAAGUUUUACAGAAAAGAGUUCUCUGAAAACUCAUGAAAGGAUUCACACAGGAGAAAAGCCGUUCACAUGUACAGAGUGUGGAAAAAGUUUUACACGAAUAGAUAGUCUGAAAAUUCAUGAAAGGAUUCACAAGGGAAGAAACCUUUCACAUGUUUAGAAAGUAGGGUUGCCACCUUUUGCCCAGCCGAUUUCCUGACACUUUGCAAAUGGCCGUGGUUGAGGGUGUGGCCUUAAAAUAUAUUUUACCAUUUUUUGGUCUGCCAGUAAAA